CUCUUCUCUGUUGAGUCCUCACCUCUUCUUUCAACUGUACAUUCACAUUCACAUUCACAUUCACCUCCAACUCUUUCUCUCUCUAUAGCUACAAUUACCAACGAAGAUACAGCUAUACAGAGACUCCAUUGAUACACCAUGUGUAUGAAUUCAAUGGCGAAAAUGUAAUGUUGCUAUUUUGAAGAAAACGUAUGAUGAAUUAGGGUUUCGAUUUUGUUGAAAAUGCCUGUGAAUAGGUAUCAGAUUAGGAACGAGUACAGUUUGGCUGAUCCGGAACUGUACAAAUCUGCUGAUAAAGAUGAUCCAGAAGCUCUACUUGAAGGGGUUGCCAUGGCUGGACUUGUUGGUGUUUUGCGUCAGCUUGGUGACCUCGCCGAGUUUGCUGCUGAGAUAUUCCAUGACUUGCAUGAAGAAGUGAUGGCAACUGCUGCAAGAGGUCAUAGUCUAACGGCCAGGGUCAAGCAGCUUGAAGCUGAUUUUCCUUUGAUUGAGAGGGCAUUCCUCUCACAGACCAAUCAUUCGUCUUUCUUCUAUAAUGCUGGUACUGAUUGGCAUCCUAAUCUGCGAAUCGACCAAAAUAUGGUUACAAGGGGAGAUUUACCUCGAUUUGUGAUGGAUUCAUAUGAAGAAUGCAGAGGUCCACCUCGCUUGUUUCUUCUAGACAAGUUUGAUGUUGCUGGAGCUGGAGCAUGUCUGAAACGUUAUACUGACCCGUCAUCCUUUAAAGUCGAGACAUCCUCUUAUGCAUUCACAACUUCAGAUGUUCAGAGGGAAAAGAAAACUCGCAAGACAAAGAAGAGAGGUUCACGCUGGAGGAAUGGGGAGACACCUGAGGUGUUGCCUACAUCACAUGCCAAACUCCAUCAGCUGUUCUUGGAGGAACGCAUUGAAAACGGUAUAAAUGUUCCUGCACAUCGUGUGAAAUUGAAAAGAAAGCUGAAUGGAUUUCCAUUUGACCCAAAAACUGGGAAAAGCUAUAUGAAUAAGUUCUUGGAGGCUUCUUCACCAGAACAUAAAGUAGUCCAUGAAGUCGGUAUUGACUCAUCACCUUUGAGAUUGCCAUCGACUGAUGCCUAUGAAACUUUGGCGGACACUGAAGAUAUUAGACCACCGAGUCCUGAUAAGGAGGUGAUGCGGAGAAACAAGAGAGCAUCUUUAUCGCCAUCUCCACCACAAAGUGAAGAGAAUAAUAGUCUAAGACCAUGCUUAGAUGAAGUCAAUGAGGAUCUCUCCCACUAUCGUGUAAGAGGAAUUUCCAGACGAAGCCAUAAAUCACAAACAACUGAUAUCUUGCCUUCUAUUCAUAGCGUGGUUGAUGAAAAGGAAAUAACAGUGGAUGGAGAAAGCCGAACAGAAAAAGGUAUUGGUUAUGAGUCUGAUGAUGUUGCUAGUGAAAUAGAUAAUUACGUUGAUGCCCUAACUACAAUGGAGGCAGAAUUAGAAACAGACUCUGAGCAGAGAGACAGAAGGGAUUUGCACUUCUUGAACAGCAAAAAGCAAGUGCUAUGUCUGUCUUCUAGCAGUGAAAAGCUUCAAACUCAAUCUUCAGAUUCUCAUUCAAUUGAGAACUCUACAUUAUCUGAUGACGGGAAUAGUUAUUCUAAGAAAGAAAUAUCUAGUUUUUCUUGUUCUGAUUCCCCUAGCACUUCUGUUGAGAGUGUCCUCUUGGAGAGCGAAAUUUCUAGUAAGGGAGCUAAGACCUCUGAUACUUCAUGUGAGCAGCAAUAUGUUAAUGAGGAGACUCAAUUACCCCAGCCUCCAGAAGACAGUGUUUAUGAUAGAAAAUGCAUUACAGUAGCUAGGGAACCCAGUGGCAGUUGUGACUCUGUUGCAGGGAUGAGAGCUGAAACAAAUGAAAAUUUCGUCACUCAUGGCAAGAGUGAAGAUCCUUUAACUACCAUUGCAGAAGAUGCAUCAAGUUUGCAUGUCAGUCUACCCCAUGCUCCUGUUAUCCUUGAUGCUCCAGAACGGAAUGGAGAUGAUUCACCAUCUAGAGCAUCCAUUGACGUCAAGCUAACAGAUGGUUUGGUUGAUCGAAAUUUGAGGCUAGAUGAAAAUGUGUCUUGUUCAAGUCAUUCUGAUGUUCCUUGUCACGCCAGAGAUAACAUGCCAGAGUCAGAAUCUCCUGAAAUCCAGCAUGAGAUCAAUUUAUAUAAUGAUGAUGCGAGUCUGGUUAACAAUCUUCCCUUUACAUCUGAGCUCCUUAACGUUCCUUCUGAAGACAGACGUGAAGUGCUGUCUUCUGAUUAUCAACAGUUACCCAAUUUGGAUGGUGAGGAUCCAUCGGUAGGUGAUGAUUCAGCCUCCUUAUAUAAUCUUCCUAAUUGUCCUUCAUCGGAAGAAGGUGAUACCUCACCUUCAUUGUUGGCUGUAAACCAUCCAAACCAUGUGGAUGAUGGUCUAGACAAUGAGAAUUCAAAUGGUAGUUCUGUUGGUUCAGUUCAGAUACUGGAUGUAUUGGGUGCUUCUGAUAAAGAUUGUGGCAAACACUUUACCAUGUCUCAUGAUGAAAUUGCAGAAGAUGCAUGCAUGAAGCCACAUAACAUCAGUACCAAAGAUAUUGAAGCUGGUAAUACAGAUAAAGAUUGUGAAGAGACAUGUGGGGCAUUCAGCGAUGCAGUUAUGUCUGAGCCAGGGGACCUCAGUACGAACUGUGGGGGAGAUGGCCUCGAUUUUGUUGACGUGCUGAACCCUCAGACUUCAGAAAUUGCAACUGAUAUUCAGCCACUUGAAUCUGGAGAAUUGGAUAUUUCAUGUUCUAGGCAGGAAAAUCCUGUUGAAGUUUCGAGUUUAACAAAAAAUGAUGAAAAGGGUAGUAUUGCUCCCAGUGAGCUUUUGUCUGGAACUGUGUCCACUGGUUCAAUUACCUCUCCACAUCUCAAAUCAUUGACCAAUGAAGGAAUACUGUCAGAUGAGACAGUAAAUAAGAUAGAUAAGUCUGAUGUCACAGAUGAGACAGCUUCACCUCUUGCUGCCUUGGCUGAUAAGGAAAAUUUUGAUGAUCUAAGCUCAUCUUUAGAUCACAAAUUAUUUUCAGAAGAAUCUGUGUGCUCAAUUGGACAUUCCGGCCAGAAUGAAUUGGAAAUUGAUCUACCUAAUAGUCAUGCAGAAUCAAAGUUUAUGAUACAGAGAGCUGAUACCCCAGAGUCUAACUCCUUUGUGCUUGAUACAUCCAACUGUCAUCAUCCCGAGUCAGCAGUUCUCGAUACUCUCUCUGGAAGCGAACUCUCGUUUGAUGCUGAAAACACUGUGGACUCGAGCACUGCUCCAAGCCAAGCACCAUUAAAAAAUUGGUGCUUGGAUACUGAAGAGGUACUCUCCCGAAGGAGGAAUGUUGCCGAUUCCACUGAAGAUGCCUCAUCUUUGCAAAUUUCUCCGGAAGAAGGAAAGGAUGAAUUAGAAGACAAUCAACCCAAUGAGGAGUUGCUGCACAAAGUUGAUUUGGACCAAUCACCUCAUUUGGAGAAGAUACAAAGUCAUGUUGACCAAGCGUCUGAUGCGUCUUCCCUAUCUUUUCUGGCAAACCUUCCGAGUCAAGAUGCAAUCCCAGAUGUUUUCGCCCACAACAGCAAUCAAGUUCCUCAACCUUUGCUAACUGGUUACUGUGCAGAAGAGAGGGCUGAGUCAACCAUUCAUGAGCAAGUUAAAAGGGAAGUGCUGGAUAAUGGUGAGGCAAAGUCAGAGCCAUUACCUCAGUUAACCCAGUCACAACUGGUAGAUUGCUUUGACAUUGAACAAUCUGCUGAAGCUUCUUCAAUAUCUUCACAAACAGUGGGCCCCAGUCAUCCUUCAUUCCCCGAGCUUUUAUCACAGAGCAACCAAGAUAGUUUGUCAUCUUUGUACAAAAAAGAUGAAGAGAUAGCAUCUAAAGUACCAGAUAACGAGAGAGUGAUAGAUGAAGAUACAGCUAAAGAGGUGCUGUUACCUCAAUUUGAAGAGGCACGCCUCUCCAAUCAUGUUGACAUAGUAGGAGCCCUCGAUGCUUCUUUGGUACCAUUUAUAGUAAAUGUUCCUAGUCAAUCUUCGGUUUCAAAUCCCUUACCUCUCAGCAGUCAUAAUGUCAAUCCUUUUGAAAUCGGGAAUAUUUCUACCUCUCCUGGCUUUUCCCUGCUUCCCGAUGAACCUCAGAUCAGUCUGGCAGAAAUGCCCCCAUUGCCUCCUCUUCCUCCAAUUCAAUGGAGGAUGGGGAAACUACAUUCUUCCCCAGAUUUGGACGGGGAUCCAACACAGCAUUAUAUAGGUGACAAUCAAUCAAGUCUGGCAUCUAGGACUGAUCAGAAUGCUCAACCUGUGAAUCAAAACAUGCUGUCAGCUGUAGCUACAGAGAGUUCAGAACUUAUUGAUAUGUAUUCUGCUGAUAGCGUGGCACAAUCAGGUCAAUAUCAUGAGGUGCAGCUGCCUAGUUUGCAUGCUAUAAGAAGGGGGGAGGCACAGCCUAUUAAUUGGAUCCCAGAUGUAACUUCUCUGGAUAAACCUUCUAUUGAUGUUUUGGGUUCAAGUGAAGUACUCAUACAACGACAGAACCAAGUCGCUCCAGAAUUGCUUCCGGAGAAACAAGGCUCUGCUCAUUUGGAAGGGAAUCUGCCUCUACCAGUUAGUGAUGGAAUAAAGCCAAAAGCACUUCCUACAGAUACAGUGAUUACAGAUGCUUCUGAGUCAUUAUUCCAUGAACCAUCCCAGCCCCAGCAUCAACCUCUCCAUCAGUUAGCACCGGAGACUUGCUUAAACAAAUCCAAUCUUGAAGAGACCCUCACAAGUUUGGAGAAAAAUGUGGUGACUCAUGGUACUGUUAUCCCAUCAUAUACAGAAAGUGCAACGCCUGAUCAUAGCGUUCCAACUACAGAGGCAGAAAUUAUUUGGCCAGCUGUGGAGGAAGGAAACACUAAUGAGAUUCGUAUAGUGAAACUACAAAGACCACGAACUCCAUUAAUUGAUGAUCUUGCUGCGCAUGACAAAAGCAAAUUGAGGAAGGUUACAGAGCGGGUUAGGCCUGAAAUACAGAAGGUUGAUGAAAGAGAUUCUCUCUUGCAGUUGAGGAAGGUCACAGAGCGGGAUAGGCCUGAAAUACAGAAGGUUGAUGAAAAAGAUUCUCUCUUGCAGUUGAGGAAGGUCACAGAGCGGGCUAGGCCUGAAAUACAGAAGGUUGAUGAAAAAGAUUCUCUCUUGCAGUUGAGGAAGGUCACAGAGCGGGCUAGGCCUGAAAUACAGAAGGUUGAUGAAAAAGAUUCUCUCUUGCAGUUGAGGAAGGUCACAGAGCGGGCUAGGCCUGAAAUACAGAAGGUUGAUGAAAAAGAUUCUCUCUUGCAGUUGAGGAAGGUCACAGAGCGGGCUAGGCCUGAAAUACAGAAGGUUGAUGAAAAAGAUUCUCUCUUGCAGUUGAGGAAGGUCACAGAGCGGGCUAGGCCUGAAAUACAGAAGGUUGAUGAAAAAGAUUCUCUCUUGCAGUUGAGGAAGGUUACAGAGCGGGCCAUGCCUGAAAUACCGAAGGUUGAUGAAAGAGAUUCUCUCUUGGAACAAAUAAGGAAAAAGUCAUUCAAUCUGAAACCAACGGUUGCAACAAGGCCUAGUAUUCAGGGUCCUCAGACUAAUCUCAGAGUUGCUGCAAUUUUGGAGAAAGCAAAAACAAUUCGCCAGGCCUUUGCUGGAAGUGAUGAAGAGGAUGACGAGGAUUCUUGGAGUGAUUCAUGAAAAAUCUAGCACCAUGAUAAGUUGUUGGACACAUUCCUAGUGCCAUGGAUUCAGAAGAAUCUCGACCACAUUCUCAGCGAGUCAAGCUGAUGGUGAAAUAGAUUGGAAGUCUCUUCACAGAAUUUUCCAUGCUUUUCUCACCCCUUGUAAAAUACUCUUUCCCUCCUCUCUCUCUCUCUUUCUGUCUGUCUGUAGCAUGUAGCCAAUUGAUAUUUGAUAGUGUUGUCUCCAAGUCAUAGUAUGGUAAGUAUAUUCAAUCAUGAGAUUGCGUGCAAGCGCGUUGCUAUUCAUUUUUCAUGUAAAGGUAGCUAUAUAUUGUAUUUCUUGUUUACAAGUUUUAGUGUAAAGGUCUGGUCAAUUUUUGUAUCUACAAUAUAGUAGUGGCUUUGAUUUGUCCAAGAUUGAGAGAGUAUAUACGCUGCAAGUGUUGAAAUUUAUUGUAUACGUUAAUCAAACAGUUCUGUUGUGUAUAAAAAUACUGAUAUUAUGCCCA